UUGACCUAUUACCCACGAUGCACCACGUUCUGUUUAGUACCAAGAUGGCGGUUGUUUUCACCUGUUACGGAAACAUACUUAGUGCCAAAUGUUUUAGGGGCCUUUUUCAGAAGAUUUAGACGUCCCAAAGGGGUAUAUGAAGACAGCAACUAUCUAUGCAAGGUUCUGAUGGCUUUAGUUGGAGUUGUGCCUUACGGGAGUUUGUUUAUUGAUGCCUCGUGGCGAGAUAUCCUGUCAGGUAUCAGAGACUGUACCGUCAGCUCACCCGACCGACAACUGAACAUCCGCCGUCUCCAGAAGAUAUGGACAACUACCCAGAACCCAAACCACGUCCUGCCCUGCCUCUCUGUCCGAACUGGUUUGGACCUGUUCCUGGCGGUUCAGAAAUUCCCGCCGGGCUCGGAAGUCAUCAUGUCCGCGAUCAAUAUACCCGACAUGGCGCGAGUCGUCAGGCAUCACGGUUUACGCGUCGUUCCCAUUGACGUCUACUUAGAGACGCUUUCGCCAAAAGUCGAGCUUUUAGAAGGUCUCAUCACGGAGAGAACUGUAGCUGUACUCGUAGCCCACCUGUAUGGUAAAUGGUUUGACAUGAGUGAAGUGAUUGAAGUAGGAAGACGACACAAUCUGUACGUGCUUGAGGACUGUGCAGAGGGAUUCAGCGGGUUCGAUAACAUCGGGAAUCCGCAUUCGGACAUUUCUUUCUUCAGUUUCGGUGUCAUCAAGCCUUCCACUGCGUUCGGCGGCUCCAUCCUGAAAAUCAAAGACAGCCAGCUUUUCACAGCAAUGAGCGAAGCUUACUCGCAGUACCCCACUCAGUCUUCCGUAGAGUACCUAAAAAAACUGCUCAAGUACUCAGUUGCUACUGUAGGUCUGAACUGGCCGUUUCUGACGGGCUAUGGCCCCUUUCUGCUGCAAAAUGUACUUGGUAUCGACCACCAGAGGAUGUGGAUCUCCCUCCUAAGAGGUUUCCCUGACCAGUUUUUUCAGAAGAUCCGUCAGCAGCCCAGCGCAGGACUGUUGUCCCUGCUGGUCCACAGGUGUAUAGGGUUUCGCCAGAAGGAAUUCCAAGUCGGCGUGGAGAAAGGACGCCACGCAGACAUGCUGCUAAAGAACUCCUCCAUGUUGAAAGUAGGCGACAAGGCUUACAACAGGAACUAUUGGCUUUUUCCCAUACUUGUGGAGAAUCCUGAUGCAGUGAUCAGUUCUCUCUGUAAGAGGGGCAUCAACGCCUACCGCGGUGCCACACAGCUCAACGUGAUCGAACCGGAACCAGAGACCUCCCAUCAGCUCAGUGACCAGCUCACACAUUACCCAGAGGAAGCCAGGUUCAUCAUAGACCAUGUGGUGUACCUACCCAUCCACAAAAGGGUCCCCUACUACUACAUUGAGAGGGUAUGUAAGGGGGUUGAGGAGGUAUUGCAGGAAAAUGGCACAAUCUUUCGCAAACCCCUCUUUGAACGCCCUCUCGUUGUUUUGAACGGAAAACCUGCACCGAAGUUGCCUUCAAAACUUUAAAGCUAGACUUGGACAUUGUCAUGUAAGAUUUUCACUGUUUUAAACAUUGUUUUACACAUUUUCUUGUGCUAUAAGCCUACCUGGGUUCAUGAUAUCCCAAGGGCACAAGAUCGGUGACAUGGGCAGGUUACAAACUGUAUGAUGGUUUCAUAUACAUGUACCUUCCUUGAAUUCUUGCCAAAGAGCUGCUGUAUUUAAUUGCAUGCGAUACAGCAGGCAUUCAAACAUACAAGUAGUUGGUUGGCUACCGAACUGAUUCAAGAUCUCAGGGACUUUGUAUGUGAUAUC